CGCCCAAAACAUUCCUGAGCCUUCCUUUUUACUGCUGCCUCCCUCAAUCCUCUCUACUCCCUAUAUUCUCUUUUCCCUUUCACCUUCUUCCUUAUUUCUCCACUAUUUGCCCUUCAAUUGGGCACAUUUCCCACCGCCUUUCAAUACUGCGCAUUGCCUUCGUCUCCGCUUGAGUUCGCGUUUCUUUUGAUCCUUUACAUUGAAUAUUUGAAUCGCUCCGUUGCUCGAUCGGUUGAUGCGUCGUUGUUUCAGAAUUCUGUGAUGGAAUCGUUCUGGACGCCUAAUGGCGUCCCCGGCGUUUCGCAUUUUGCCGUAGCUUUCUAUUUCGUUUUUGCGUUCUUCGCGGCAAGGGCAUUCCUCGACAGAUUUAUUUUUCGCAGGCUGGCAGUCUGGCUGGUGACCCGAGGUACUAGUCGGUCGAAACGGAGUGAGGAGACAAGGACAAAGAUAGCAAAAUGUGCAGAGUCCAUGUGGAAGUUUACGUACUAUGGUACUGCUGAGUUUUGUGUUUUGGCAGCUAAUUACCAGGAACCAUGGUUUACAGAUGUGAAAGAAUACUUUACAGGCUGGCCUAAUCAAGAACUUAAGCUUUCCGUGAAACUUAUCUACAUGUGCCAAUGUGGAUUCUACCUCUAUAGCAUUGCUGCCCUCCUUACCUGGGAAACUCGAAGGAAGGAUUUCUCUGUCAUGAUGUCUCAUCAUAUCGUCACUGUCAUCCUAAUUUCUUAUUCAUAUAUGACAAGGUUCUUCCAGAUAGGAAUUGUUAUUCUUGCAUUGCAUGAUGCCAGCGAUGUAUUCCUUGAAGGUGCUAAAAUUUUUAAAUACUCAGGAAAAGAGCUAGGAGCUAGUGCAUUUUUUGGUUUGUUUGCCAUAUCAUGGCUCGUGCUAAGGCUUAUAUACUUUCCGUUUUGGAUCAUCAGGUCAUCGAGCUACUAUUUAUGUCAAGUCCUGAACCUGUCACAGACAUCCCAUGCAACAAUGUACUAUAUCUUCAACACAAUGUUAAUAACUCUGCUUGUUUUCCACAUUUACUGGUGGGUCCUCAUAUGUUCAAUGAUAACAAGACAGCUGAACAAUAGAGGAAAAGUUGGGGAAGACAUACGAUCAGGUGAGUCUUUUUAUUUUUGGAGAUAUGCAUAACCAUUUAUUCCUUCAGCACUAUUUGAAAUGCUUCAACAAAUCUGUUGAAAUUAUGGCAAGAAAUUCGAUGUAGAAAUUCUGCCUUCAGUUUGGGUCAGUGAUAGGUGCUCUUUCAUCAACUAGACCUUUCGUAAAACCUUCCCUACGAAUUUGUACCUGUCGUCAUUUGGCAUUAAAGGCUUAAAAGGAGAGGAAUUGGUAAAAUUGUGCUUAUGUGCUCAUCGGUCAUGUUCUAGGAAUUAUUAUCCCUUGAUAAGAAACCAUUUCUCAACUCUUUAUGUUUGUGCCUAAUUAUUAUGUCAUAUUCCAAAUUUUUGCCCAACAAAUAAUCUCUGUCAGUAUUCAUUACUAACACUUGAAUAUCUAUGGACAGACACCGAAGAUGAUGACUAGGGUGGAGAUCACCAUCUUCAAGACCUUUUGAAAAUAUGGAUUGUUACGAUGCAGGUUUGUUUAGUGAACAUUUGGCUUAGUGGAAUAGCUAAAUAUUUUGCAGAACUUUCCUAACUCGUAUUCUCCAUUGUUGUAAUAGACUAGUAGGUAAGAUAGGGGCUUCUUGCAUUUAGAAAAGAACUUGUAGAAUUUUCUUGUGGAAUUGAUGAUACUAUCCUUAGCAAUGAUCAAUUCAAUCACCCAAUUAUUCAA